AUGGAUUGGAAGUAUGCUCAGAGGAAGGUCUUUCGCGCGAUGAGUUCUAAAUGGGACUGCUCCCCUUUCAACGGAGAUCGUAGGUUAGGCGACAAGGAGGUUAUCGUAUCCAUUUUUUUCUCAGAAAUACCAAACAGAAUCAGAGCUAAGGAUAUUUUCGAACUGUUUGGGUUUCAUGGAGAUGUGGUGGAGGUGGUGAUCCCGCCUAGGAAAAAUAAGCUAGGGAAGAGAUAUGGGUUCGCUCGUUUUGUUGGGGUGGAUGACGCAAGGAUUUUGGCGGUUCGGCUGGAUAACAUCUUGAUAGACAGAAGGAAGAUUCAUGCUAACAUCCCUAGGUUCGAGAGGAAUAUGAGGUUUGCGGGUUCAGUGGAACAGAGGGGGAGGGGUGCGGUAGGAUCAAUCGAGGGGGUCAAAGUGGGUGGUGAUUUGAUGAAGGAGACAGGGAGGAUGGAAGCAAGCUUGAGUUUCUGUAAUGGGCGCUCUUUUGCUGAAGUUGUAUCGAAGGAGAAGGAAGAUUCUUUGGCUGUAGCGGCUCCUUUGCUGAGAUUCGUUUCCAAUGAGGCAAAUAAGACCAAGCUGAGUAAGGCUUUCGUGGGCGUCGUUCAAGUUCUCGGCUAUGCAUAUAAUAUUCAAACUCAUUUCAAGUUGGAAGGUGUGUUUUCCAUAAAGGCUACUCCGUUGGGUGCUAACCUGUGCUUGUUGGAGGAAAUGGAAGAUGGUUAUAUCUGUGAGCUGAUCAGUGAGGGAAACACUUGGUGGACACAGUGGUUCAAAGAGGUUAGAUCAUUGAACGCUUCCGAUGUAAAUUUGGAGAGAGUUUUAUGGAUACGCAUUUAUGGGGUUCCUUGCCGCGCUUGGAACUUGGAUUUAUUUGUUUCCUUGGCUAAUACAUUCGGUUCUUUUAUCUGCCUUGAUGAAAAUACUGCAAAUAAAACCUGUUUGGACAUAGCUAGAGUCAUGGUGAGGGUGUCGGCGACUUUCAUUUUAGCCGAAAGUCUCAAGGUGGAAGUUGAUGGGGUGGAGUUUCGUCUGUCGUUUAGAGAGGAUUCUUGGGGCCCGUUGCGCUUAUCUAGAACGACCAACGACGCCAAGUCUAUCCAGACGGAUGAAUCUAGCUCGGAGGAUUAUGCGUUAGGUUUUGGAGGUGAAUUGGAGGAGGUAAAGUUCUUCAAAACAAAUACUGUUUUAUCCGAUGGUUUUUCCACAAAGGAUUUUAGUUAA